ACACGCGGAUUAUAAAUGGCCCGGCGAGGAGCUGCCGCUUCCCUCCUGCCGAGGCGGGAAAAGCAUCCAGUGCUCCCCCAGCCACACAGUGAGCAGCAGUGCGUGUCCCCUGUGCAAGACCGAGCUGGGAAUAAAAGGAGAACAAUGCAUUUCCUGGCCUGGUUCAAUUUGCUGCUUCUCCUUCCUUGUUUUGGUACCACAAAAACCUGCUUCCCUGGCUGCCACUGCGAAGUGGAAACCUUUGGUCUCUUUGACAGCUUUAGCUUGACUAAGGUGGACUGCAGUGGAAUAGGCUCACACAUUGUUCCUGUCCCAAUCCCUCUGGAUACCUCCUACUUGGAUCUAUCAUCAAACAAACUGGAAACAAUAAAUGAAUCGAUGCUUACUGGCCCUGGAUACACCACCCUGGUGAGUCUCGACCUGAGCUACAACAAAAUUGCCAAGAUUUCCUCCACAACAUUCUCCAGGCUUAGGUACCUGGAGUCCUUGGAUCUGAGUCAUAACUCUCUGGAAGUUCUUCCUGAGGACUGUUUCUCCAGUUCUCCUCUAAGUGACAUAGAUUUGAGCAAUAACAAACUUUUGGGUAUAGCUAUGGACGUUUUUGUUUCAAAAGGUCAAGGCAAAUCCCUGAAUGUGGAUCUAUCCAAUAAUAUACUCAGCACAAUUACAAGGCACCAUGAAAAGAGCAUUCCCAACAUCCAGAACUUAAAUCUUUCUGGAAACAGGCUGACAUCUGUACCAAACCUUCAAGGCAUUCCUCUCCGAUAUUUAAAUCUAGAUGGAAACCCUCUGGUUAAGGUUAAGAAAGGAGACUUCACAGGGCUGAAAGACUUGAUUCAUUUAUCCCUCAGUGGCCUGCAUGGCUUUAGAGAAUUAUCUCCUCACAGCUUCAAGGAACUCCAAGCCCUCCAGGUUCUGGAUUUGUCCAACAAUCCCAACUUGAAGUCACUGACUGCUGAAGUUAUCUUUGGUCUGAACUCCCUACAAGAGCUCAACCUCUCUGGGACAGGCAUAUCAUCCUUGCCAAAGACUUUGCUGAAAUACCUGCCUUCCAUCAAAAGCAUCACCUUAGGGAAGGACAUACAGUGUCUUAAGACCAUCAAAGAAGGACAGUACCACCGACAAAUUGGGCUGACCAAAAAAGAAGUCCUCAGUUGCUACGACAGCAAUGGAUCCGUAGCAGCAGCACCUUAUGUUUCAUGAUGAAAGCUGGGGAGAAGAAGGGGUGGGGCAGGGAGGGUGGGGGGUCAUGGGACUUGUACAGGUGUCGGACUGAGAUGGCUUGCAGUGUGCCUUUUGUAAAACUGUCAAUAAUUUAUAUAUUUGUAUUUGCCAAUAGUUGAUUGUUUGUGGAUUUUAUAAACUCUCGAAUCUCAGCCCGCGUUAUCUGCAGGCUCCAGAUUUUACCCAGUGCAUUGAGGUCCUCAUUCAUCCCGUUGGCUCAAGAGCAGUGGUGCUGGAGGAUGUGGGGACAACUCGCUCUGCAGGUCCCAGGGCAGAACAGUCAGUCUGGAGCAAACCCUUCAUGCCUCAGACAUGUUUAUAGGUACAUCUCUGCAGAGCACACACCAAAAUGUACAGCUUUGCAGCUGCUUGCCUACAAACCCAUGCAUCAUCCUUCUUUCAAUUAGUACUCCCCAAAAUGUGCCUUCUGGAUGUUGCCUUCAUUAGCAGCACCCUGUUUUCUGUCAUGCACUUUCAGUCUUGAAGAAACAUUUCCAGACAAACCUGAAUACAGGGUGCACCUAAUGUGUUGGGUUUUACAUGUUAUUUGCAUAGGUGUGCAAUGAACACUAAGUCGAGACAUUUUCCCACCAAUUUCUCCUUGUUUUCCCACCUUUUCAUGUCUAAUUAACUUAGGUCCAGCUUUGGCAACCUCCUGUCUUUUUAAGCUCAGAGAGCCAUCGGUCAGAGAUGAUGUGCAGCAGAGGAAGGGAAGCAGAGGGGUCUGCUGACAGCCACAUCUCACCCCAGGAACUAGCCUUCAGUGAAGGAGGUUGCAAAGGGAAGAGAUCAUGUAGCCUAGCUCAGAAAAAAAGAAAUGGAAAAUAAUCCCUCCUCCCUUUCUGGGGAGGCUUGGAAGGAAACAUUGACAGGGAUUCUUUCUUGAUGACCUUAUGAAACCAAGACACAGUCCUAGAGGAUAUGAGAGGAAGUUGUUUCCAGGCUGACAUUCCCCAUCUGAACACAACAUCUGCAGCUCAUCUGGGCAUAUGUGAAGCAACUUGCAGUGCCAAAACACUUCUGAGAAUAUGCCAGGGGCAGAAUUAACACUGAUGCCUGUGGCCCUGGAGCACUUUGCCUAUCGGAGAAAAGAUCUUUGGUUUUUUUCCCAGAGUUGUGGCAUUUCCUUCUCUCACACAGCUCCUUGGUUGCCAAGUGAAUCUGAUAAACUGAAAUCUGAUACAAAGCCUGGUCCUCAAAGUUUUACACAUUUUUUUCCUCUCCAUUGCCAAAAUGCUGACAAAGGGGAACCCCUCUGGAACCUCUUUUUCUCCAGUCUAGGAGGAAGUGGGAGAAGGCAGCACAAGAUGACUCAAUGCCAUGUGUGAAGCCUUCAGCUUGCUUGUAGGAGCAAUGGAGGUGACUGCUGAGGUCUGGCAUGCUCUGCCCGGGAGGAUGGGAUGUUGUGGAUGAGGGUCCUGCUCAAGCUGAUCUGAGGUUUGAUCUCUAAACCCAGCCCUGCAAAAGGGCCACCUUCAAUUCUUCAUUUAGGGAGAUCAUGUAAAGGUGAUGCAGAUAUAAACUCAUCUCACAGCUGUCCUUGGGAGUGUUGGAAGAAGCUCAGGUUUUCUCCUCAUACCCCCAAAAGUCCUGGAAAGUGGAAGCCCUGUUGCCCAAACCCACUUACUCCAUACAAGUCAGAGUGAACACCUAACUUUGGACACUGAAAUUUGGUACUGAAAUACUCCCACAUUUCCAUCUAUCUCCAUUUCAAUAAUUUGUUUGGGUAGCUUAGGGUGGGAUUUUUACCCAGUUUUUUUGUCCUUCAGUUUUGGGGAUUUCUUCCUCUCUACUGAGCCUUUGCAACAUUUGACCAGCCUUCACAAUCACGGGAAAUAUGCUGAUUUUCUUAAAAAGGCAAUGGGGCUGCCUAUGGGCAGAGAUCUGGAGGGGAACAGAAACAAACUGCAGUGCAAGACAGGGGCAGUUUGUGAGGAAAGAUGUGAGGGUUUUACUGGAUCUUGCCUUUUUAAGAGAAUUAUUUUCUGCUGGCAGAAAAUAUAUUUUUUUUAAAGAAAGCUUUUUACUUUUUUAAGCCUGUACAUAGAUGAAACACUACGGUUAUCACCUACUGUCAAAGUUACUGUCUUCUGUCUUUGCAGCACUGUGGUAAAUUUAAAACCCAAUGUGACAAUCUAAUUGAAGACUGCAAGAUUUCCUUGUGUAAUCUCAUGCUGGCUGCUAGCUAAACUAGUCUUAGCAAAAGCUGGCAAAUACUGUCGCUGUGUUUGUUUUUUUAAAGAACCUCUGCAGCAUUGUAAGACUUUGUGAUUACUCACAAUAUAAUAAAGUGAUUUGGAGGAGAAUAAA